GACGCGCCCAGUACCAGUAGCCGACACCUAAAGAUCCAGGACAAGGCGAUACACGGCCAACGAUGCGGUUUUCGUUUGGAUUAGCUCCGGUGCUACCAGUCUUACUGUAUUUUUCUGCACUUGCAUCGCUACUGCAGUGCAACGCUUACGAGACAGUUCAGCUUCGGCUCCAGUUUCCACACCUUGAGUGUGCGGGCGGAGAGGACAGCGUGAUCCCGCGGCCCGGUGCGCUGAGCGUCCGUCUCCCGUCCGGCCCCGAUGUGUACACGCUGCGGGAAGUGUUGGAGGCCGCGACGGACCAGGACGAGUCCUUCCAGUUCAGUCUCCUUUUUCUAGACCACGAUUUCGGGUAUUUGCUGGAGGGAAUCAACGGGACAGGCGAAGAGGGGUUCUGCCAGUGGGCCGUUUACUACCAAGCCCCAGGCGAUAACUUGGCUCAGCUGCAUAAUCUUCCCAAAUUCAUGGGUUAUCUCCGAAUAGAGUUUGUGGAUAUGAUAGCACCGGACUCAACCGUGGAGAUGAGCUAUCAGGACAAUUCUCCACCGCCUCCUGUAGAUCCGCCUACAGAUGCUACUACACCGCCUACGGAUCCGCCUACGGAUCCUACUUCUACAGAUGAUCCUGAGCCUGUAGCUCCUUCCAGUGCCCUGUCUCCGACCUCCUCAUCGUCUUCUUCUUCGGAGGUUCCCACCACCUCCUCCACUACUCAGGUGACAACUCCGUCCACUGACUUGCCUACACCUCGGAGCAGGGGUGCAGCUUCGGGGCUCUCGAUCUCCACUCACAUAAUGUGUCUUAUUGUUACUACUAGCAUUCUAUGUAUGUAAUAAGCAUUUCUUUUUGCAUAAUUUCUGUAAAAAUAUCAUUGCACGUGCAAGUGGAAAAGAUAUCGUACAUACCUACCUCCACCCACCCUGGGUGGGGCACAUAGUUGCUAUAUCUCUCGUGACAGACAUUAUAGAGGCUAUACACGGGGAGGUGGAGCAUACAUCGCUACUGCAACUAUUUCAAUAGUUAUCCCACAACAUAUUCCAGUUGUAUGCAACUCUCUUAGCCCGGAAAAUCACGACGUAAACUGCAGCUGAAAAAAGUGAGGAACAGGACGGCAUUGCUGCAAUGUCUCUGUACCAUAUACUCAUGGUCUCACUUUUCUGCGCCCGACUGGCCUCAGCCCACAGUGGAGAUAAUGCUACAGAGGCAACUGAUCCUCCAACUGAUCCUCCAACCAAUCCUCCCACACAGCCUCCAUUCGGACCCUACGUGGUGGAAUACCGCGUCGAAUACGCUGAUGCAGACUGUUUCAUGAAGGAGAACAUCAUGGACGGUAGUGGGUCGGGUUUGAUCUUUGACUACAACGUUCCUCCGGAGUUUUACACGGAUCUGACCCUUCAAGACGACAUCACAGCAGGAGUCACGUACUCUGUCCAGGAUGUCAUGGAAGUUGCAGUUGAAAGCGUCUCGUCGCUCUCCUUCAGUGUCCUGUUCACUGGAAACGUAACUGGGUACUUUGUCAAGGGAAUCAGCGGAGUUAGAAGCAACCCGGACUGCAUGUGGUUUCUCUACUAUCGUGGACCCAACAUGCAGUACCCUUUCCUAAAGAGCUUCGGUGUCUCUGAGUUUGCAGCUGAACCCAACUCCACUGUCGUGAUGCGGUACCAGUACCCGCCAAUCCACGCCGUAUACUAUGAGGUUGAUUUCCCCCACGUCCCAAACUGUAGUGUUGUCUAUCCCCUCAACCUCAAGCCUCUUACUAUAGAGCUCUACUUUGGUGCUCCCAACUAUACCUAUACUGUCCAGCGUAUCAUGGAAAUGGCAGUGGAUAUGGAGCCGUCGUACCAAUUCCUAGUCACCUACUACGGCCGGAAGAGAGGAUACGAGGUCCAGGCUAUCAACGGAACUGAGAACGAAAACGAAUGCUCCUGGCAUUUCUUCUACAUCCCUCCUCGUGUGGCGAGAGAGUCCGCCAAAAACUACUCAAACAUUUCCCUCUUUACGGUGGAGGCAAACUCAACUAUCCUCAUGAGCUACCAGAUUAUUGAAAGGCCACCACCACCACCUGUACCCACAACUACCACCCCUCCCUCACCCUCCUCCACUUCCACCUCCACCUCCACCUCCACUUCCACCUCCUCCUCCUCUGCUAUUCAGUCCUCAUCCACUUCGACUCCGUCUGAAACACCUACUGACAGCUAUCUGGAUAUCCAGUUGAAUUUCAACGAAACUUGUGCCAAUGUGAACGCUACGGGGGCCACUCCGCCGGAGCCCGUCUCCGUCUUGCUGGAGAACGCCAAUAGCACCACUUACACGGUCCAGAACGUCAUGGAGCUGGCGGCGGACACCAGCAACCGCUACAAGUUUACCGUCACGUACACUGACAAGACAACUGGCUACACUAUUGACGUUCUGAGCGGGCUAGAGCAGGCGGAGGACUGCGAAUGGUACCUCUUUUACCGCGCUCCAGGGAAGGAGGAACCGUCCUACCAAGAGGGUGCCAGAAUCUCUUUUUUCGUUGUGCAACCCAACUCAACGGUGGUGUUGAGUUACGAACCGGAGCAGACUGUUCCACCCGAGCCGUCCCCCACUCCCACCCCGGUGACGCCAGAUAAUGACAACAACAACAAUGGGGCACCCUCUGCGUACCAAAUGGGCAGCUUUAUGAUGUACUGUCUCGUGCUGGUUUUGGUUUCACUCUUCUAA